GGUGGGUGCGGGAGAGGACAGUAAAGGGUGUUUGUUCCCUGGCAGCACACCCCACACGCCUUCAACACGGGGAGAGUCAGCACAGGGUGCCGUUGCCUCUCCACCUUUGUGCAUCAGCCCAAAGGGCUGACGAGGCAGGGUGGAACAUGAGCUUAUUGUUAUCUUCCUACUUGGGUCUUGCAGAGGUUGGGUGGUGGCUUUAUUUCUUACUGUAGGUAGAGGGAAAAGUGGCAGUUCUGGUGGUGAGGGGUCCUCAGCUGGAACCCGUGGGGCCUGCACUGGGCUCCUCUGCCCCUGUCUCAGGGCAGCCUGGCCAUGGGAAAUGGGCCAGUGGGCUGCUGAACCCACUGUGCUACUGCAGGGUGUCCCACGCACUGCAGCUCCCAGCCCCACUCCAAGUAAUGUAAUUUUCCUGCCUCUUCACAGGUUUUUCUAAUCCUUCAUUAGGUGCAUUCCUAAUCCUACAUUAGAUCUUUAUCUCAUCUCUGUCUGCUUUAAACAUGUUUUUUCCCUUUUCUUACAGUGCUUCCCCAGCUCCUCAUCUCCUGCACAGGGAAAUUAUGUGUACACUGGGAUGCUUCUGCUUUUUAUGCCUGGCUUCCCACCGAGUACCUUAGAAGUGUUACAGCUGUUUGCUGCUCUGAUUCACAACCCAGCUGGCACUGAUGCUUCCUUGUGCAUUCCCUAAGACACUUGGAGAGCCUGAAGAAUCCACAGAGGAAAAUGAAGUUAGAAGGAGGAUGGUGGUGUGCUUUUAAAAAGGAGGCUUGGCUUCAGGGCUGGCAAGCAGCAAGGCAGCUGCCACACAGAGAACGAGGAGCUCCCUGUGAUCCAGCAGAAAGCUGGGCUGCAGCGCAGGGAUGGCUGUGAGGUUGGCAAGUCUGCUCUGCACCCGGAAAAUGCACAAGUGUACUGGGGAACAGCAGUUGUCUUUAUGAGUUUCCCUACACAUCAGGAAAUCUGAAAAAAUGGAAUUUUUACAUCUCUCCAGCCAGCACUGAAAACGAAUGGGGAUUGAAUUGCUUUGCCUCUGUUUCCUAUUCCUCCAAAGAAAUAACUAUGUGCAAGGGACCUGUUCUCAGGAAAGCGCAGUGACUUGUGAAGAUUGUUUGCUUUCCGGACCACACUGCGCUUGGUGUUUGCAAGAGAAUUACACAGACUCAGCUGGAAUUCAUGGAAGGUGUGAUACCCCAGAAAAUCUUUUGUCAAAAGGAUGCCAGUUGAAUUUGAUUGAAUUUCCCGUUUCAGAAGUAGAAAUUCACAGAAACAAGCCCCUAACUAUAUCGACCCAGAAGAACAAUUCUGAUGUCACACAGGUUUCUCCUCAAAAAUUAACUCUCAGUCUGCGACCAGGACAUGAAGAAACAAUACAGAUCAAGGUUCGUCAGACUGAAGAUUAUCCAAUUGAUCUCUAUUACCUCAUGGAUCUUUCAGCCUCCAUGGAUGAUGAUCUGAAUACAAUCAAAGAACUGGGUUCAACUCUUUCUAAAGAAAUGUCAAAACUGACAAGCAACUUCAGACUGGGGUUUGGAUCUUUUGUUGAAAAACCAGUUUCACCAUUUAUCAAAACUACAGCUGCAGAAAUAGACAACCCUUGCAGGAGUGUACCAUAUGAGUGCUUACCCACCUUUGGAUAUAAACAUGUUUUGCCACUCACAAAUGAUGCUGAAAAAUUCAAUGAAAUUGUGAAAGUACAGCGAAUCUCUGCUAAUAUAGACACUCCAGAAGGAGGAUUUGAUGCAAUUAUGCAGGCAGCUGUUUGCAAGGAAAAAAUUGGAUGGAGGAAUGAUUCUCUACAUUUGCUGGUGUUUGUGAGUGAUGCUGAUUCCCAUUUUGGGAUGGACAGUAAACUGGCAGGGAUUGUUAUUCCUAAUGAUGGGAACUGUCAUUUGGAUGACAAUAAUGAAUAUUCCAUGUCAACUGUUCUGGAGUAUCCCACAAUUGGACAAUUAAUUGACAAACUUGUGCAAAACAAUGUUCUAUUAAUUUUUGCUGUAACAAAUGAGCAAGUUCACACAUAUGAGAACUAUGCAAAACUUAUUCCUGGAGCUACUGUUGGACGACUACAGAAGGAUUCUGGAAAUAUUCUCCAGUUGAUCAUUGCUGCAUAUCAGGAGCUGAGGUCUGAGGUGGAGUUGGAGAUCCUUGGAGAGACAGAAGGGCUCAGUCUCUCCUUCACGGCCAUCUGUAACAAUGGGACCAUUUUUCCACAUCAGAGAAAAUGCUCUCGUGUGAAAGUGGGAGACACAGUCUCUUUCAAUGUGACUGUAAGUCUCCCUUCUUGUGAAAAAAACAGAAGACAUCUCAUGAUAAAGCCUGUGGGGCUCAGUGACAUGCUGGAAAUGGAAAUACAUCCCCUAUGCAGCUGUAACUGUCAAGCAAAGGCCGAGAUGAACAGCCCAAAAUGCAACCAAGGGAAAGGAUCGUUCGAGUGCGGGGUGUGCGUCUGCAGCCCGGGCUAUGUGGGGCCGCACUGCGAGUGCGACGAGAGCUCCCUGGGCACCAGUUCCUGUAAGGGCUCAGCUGGUCAGAGCUCCUGCAGCGGGAGAGGCGACUGCUACUGCGGGCAGUGCGUGUGCCACCCGUCCCCAUACGGAAAGGUGUACGGGCCUCACUGCGAGUGCGACAACUUCUCGUGCGGGAGGCACAGAGGGCUUCAGUGUGGAGGCAAUGGUGAUUGUGACUGUGGGGAAUGCAAGUGCCACAGUGGAUGGACUGGGGAAUACUGUAAUUGCACAACUGACACCAGUGCCUGCAUUGCUGAGGAUGGGACACUGUGCAGUGGCAGAGGAGAAUGCAUCUGUGGGACGUGUGCUUGCACUCAUCCAGGGGCUUCAGGCCAAACAUGUGAAAAAUGCCCUCUCUGCGGUGACCCUUGCAGUUCGAGAUGGAGCUGUGUGGAAUGUCACUUGGCUUCCGAUGACAAGUCACUGGGAGAUUGCAGUGAAAAAUGCAAAUUGGUCGAUGCAACUGUCAGCAUCGCAAAGGAUUAUUCAGAGGAUAAAUCCAUUUCCUGCUCUUUGCAGGGGGAAAAUGAAUGUAUAACCACAUUUCUACUGGCUGUGGAUGAACAGGGAAGGACAGUCAUUCAUAGCAUAAAACAGAAAGAUUGCACACAAGUUCCAAAUAUCCCAAUGAUAAUGGUGGGUGUCACCCUUGCUAUCCUUCUCAUUGGCAUUGUUUUACUUUGUAUAUGGAAAUUACUGGUGUCAAUUCAAGACCGAAAAGAGGUGGCCAAGUUUGAAGCAGAAAAAUCAAAAGUUAAAUGGCAAACGGAAACAAAUCCACUGUACAGAGGCUCAACAACGACUUUUAAAAAUGUAACUUACAAGAACCAAGAAAAGCAAAAAGGGGUCAUGGCUGCAGAUUUCUACUAGCACCUCCAACACUAUAAACUUAGUUAUCCUGGCAGGGAAUCUAAAAACACCUGUUUCUUCUCAGCUGAUUAUGUCAUAUUUGUUUGCACCUUGCAGUGGUAUAACCAUUCCGUUGGAGAAAAUAUAUCUUGUGUUGGGAAAAAUACAGAUAUCAUAUUAGAAGUACAGGUUGGUAGAAAUAUUAAAAAAAUCCAAUCCUUUGUUAUUUAAGCCCCCAUCUUAAAAAAAUGGCAUCACAAAUAAUUUUGUCAUUCAUACUGAGGAUUAUAUAUUAUCAUAUGUAAGCCUAUUUUUGUUAAAUUAGGUAUUUACAAUGAGCUUUACACUACUUUGUUCAUACAAACAUCCCAUGUAUUUGUGUUUAGGAAUGUAUUUGUACCAGUCUAUCUGGUUGGCUGAUUUAAAUUUUAAAAAGUUUUUUUUUCAUGACUGAAGCUUAAACUACUGAGGAUAGAGCUUCCUCAUACCACCUGUUUGACUGAAUAGUUUUUCAUCAGAAAAAAGUAGUGUUAUUGUUUGUCUUCUGUAUGUAAGUUAUACAGAAGCAUUUCCUCUCUGAUUCUUCUUUCUUGUCCUGUUUUCCUCUUUCCUUGUCCUUGUUGCUGCUUGAUGUUCUUUAAGGACCCAGUCCCUGGGGUUUUCUCAGGGAAACCUAACUCAAGCCUUAUUCACCUGCAGUUGUUUUCUGCUCCAGGCAUAGACUGGUGGGUUUUUUUCCUUUAAAUUCUAGUAGAGAGGAUCCAGAGCAAAAGGUAAAUAUCUGUAAAUUAGAGGACCCAGCAGAGACACUUUUAAACCAGAGGAUUACCAGAACUCCAUUUCACAAUUUGCAUCCUGUGAAUGGUUUAGAAACUCAAAAUAAACCUCACAUGCUGGCCCAUCACACAAACUGGUUCAGGAGCCCUUGACAUGCAGAAAAUAUUCACACAAAAUACUCAGUAUCACACACAAAGACAAUACUCUUUUGCUGAUAUAUCCAAAAUUCAGUGCCCAGCAGCCAAACUGUUUAGUCACGUGUGAAAUAACAUGAUCACGUCUUUUGGGCUGGGUUAUUUGGUUUUGGUUUGAUUUGGUUAUUUUCCCCCAACUAAGCAACAAACAGAUCUAUGGAUUUCACUUCAUAUUAAUUUACAUUAUGUUAAUGAAGAUUUUUACAUCUCAGUUUUAGCUAGUUACUGAUGACUUGCCAUAAAUAUUUAAGUUGUAGUGCUGUAACCAUGCAUAGCACCAGGUAAAAAGCCCCAAAAAGCAGCUAACACGCUGGCACAGAAAAAUUACAACAUUGGGCUAUUGUAAAAUAUCACUAAUACACUUCACUUUUUAAUACCCCUUUUCAGAUGCAUUUUUUGCUACUCUGAAACAGAUGGUCAAAAAGUACAUAUGAAGGUACUUAGAAAAGAAAACUUAGAAAUCAAAGAUACAUUGACACAGUCACAAACAAUCUCAUACAUUCCCUGUAGUAAAUCAUAUAUUUGAUCUAAAAAAAUUAUGUCUAUUUUGUAAUAAAUAUUUACAAAGUCUGCGCAACUUCAGUCUCCAUAUCUUCUACAGUUUCUGGAAGUGAGACUGACCCAUGCCUGUUUUAGGGCCUGAUCCAAAGCCUGCUGGAGUCAGUGGCUACAGAUGAGGAUCUAGUUUCAGUGAAACUAUUAGUUUUCAUUUACAAAGAUUGUUUUGUUUAAACAAACUGAUUAAUUCUCUCUGUUAGUGGCUAGAACUUAUAGUAUAUAUUUCUGUGCAAAGAGAAAUAGUAUCAGAUGCCUUUGGAAAUAAGGUGAUGCAAUAUUCAUGUAGUAAAUACAAAAUUAUAGCAGUAUGAUGGAAAUUAUGUCUGUCAUUAAACUGGAAUAGAUUCACAUCUGUACUCUUUGAUAUUCCUGCAUAUCCCAUCAUGGAAACUGUGCACAGAUAAAGGCUUACAUCUGUGGCCCUUCCAACCACUAGACUCCCACGGAUGUCAGUGAAAGUUACAUGUGGGAUCAAAUCCUGUUUCCCUGGCACGUGGAUAAACUCAUGGGAUGCAACACUGGCCCCUGAAUCUGCUCAGAUUCCACUUGGGUCAAGAUUGCCUAAGGACUAGGGAAAUCUGGAUUUAGACCAUGUAAGCUAUCUGUUACUCUUUUGUUUCUCACACAGAAGUCAUCAAAUUAUAAACUUUCUCUGAAAGAAAUGAAAAUAUUUUUAUUAUUUUUAAGUAAUAUAAAUCGAUACUGUUUAUUAAAUACUAUUUAAAUUCUGUUUCUGAGAAGGCUGAUUCUGCUGCUCAAUAUUAGGGUUGAAAGCCUUUCUUCUGUAGGUCACCAAUUUCAAUAUUGCAACAUAUCUCGGUAUUCAAAUGUUAUUAAAAAGGUGGUGUUUGCAUUUCAUAUCAAACACUUGGUGGUCUACAUUCCAUGUUCCUACAGGAGAUUUUGUUUCACAAAGCUUCUUGCUCUCUUCUCAUCACUUGCAUCUUCCGGUCAUCAGCAAAGAUCCAAUUUGGUAUGUAGACGAUGUUUACAGUCCAAUUACUCCUCCUAACAAUCUCUCUCCGAAUUAUCAAGGAUGUAACAAAAUCAGGGACUAUGAUUUGCAGUUUCCCCGCUGCAACGACUGUACUAUAAAUUUUCUGUGCACCUUCCACACUGUCAGGAUGGAAAUCACUCAAAUCAUUAAAAAUCCAUGAGAAGAGAGAAAACAGAAGGGCUUGGUGAGGAAGGUUUCUGUUAUUGAGGGAUAUCAAAUAACUAGACUUAUUCAUAUGAGCUAUCCUUUUACCAACAUUAAUUUAGAUUUCAACUAAACUCCCAGAUUUCAAGAACUUUCAAGAUCUUACUUGGCAUUCACCCUAGAGACAAGAGUGGAAUUCAUCCUUUUGUAUUAACUAUAUCACUUUCUUCUUAUAGCAUUUGUACCAAGGUUCAUAUUUUUCUCUCUAUUCUAUUUUCCUCCACCAAACUAUAAGUGGGUUUGUGUGUGGUGAGUGGGAUGAAAAAGUUUUUCUGCUGUUUUCACAAAUACUGUUUUGACCUGAGGCUGGACCUUGACAGUGGACAAAACAUUUUUAAUAGUAAUACUACUAUUCACUGAAGAGUUAAACUGAAUUAAAGAAUAAUCCUUAGUAAUUUUAGGGUAUUUGUGUAUCUUUUACAUCCUGUAGUAUAGUAAUUUCAAUGAUGUAUGUUAAAUGGAUAAUUUUAGUUUGAUUUAUAAAAGUUGCAUGUUGGUCAGUAUUUUACACGUCCAGAUUGCAUUCAACUUUGUUUUGUAAUAUAACUAGUGAGUAGUAAGUCUGGGAUACAGGGCUGAGAUGUUAAGUGCAAUACUCUCAUCAAUGUCUCAUCUGUCUUCAUGUAGAAGUUCAAGCCUGUUUUGCAGUGGGCAUAAGGGAGUUAUUGUCCCAUGAAUUACCACACACAGUUUAAAAGCAAAAAAAAAAAGACAAUUUUUAGCUUCAUUCAUUUGAAAGAAACCUGUAAAUGUCUCAACUUGUUUGUGUAAAAAAAGGAGAUAUUUGACCUUGAAUAAAGAUUGUAAAAUUGAA